UUUUUUUUUUUCGCGUAUCAUAUUGCUUAUUGUUGUCCGUUCAUAAAAGCUUCUCUUCUGAUGUUACUUUUCCUUUUAUUAUCAAGCUUAUGAGUUUCUUAUCAUAUUUGUUACGUUUCAAGCACAUGGUACGUAUUGUUCGCUUUAUGUUAAGUUUAAAUAUAGUAGUAAGUAGUAACUUAAAAAAUAAAGGAAAAAUAAUCUGUUUUCAUUCUGAAUUAUACACGAAAUUGCUGACACAUACUCGAACUUUAGGAGGGUCCUAUUAUUUCCUGGACUAAUUAAAAUCGUAUUUUUGGCAACCUUAGUGCUUACGUGGCAUAUCAGUGAAUCAACACAUUUAUGAUCCACGUAUGUGUUACGUAUCUGCCACAUAGGUACUAAGGUUGUCAAAAAUACGGUUUUAAUUAGUCCAUGGGUAAUAGGACCCUCCUAAAAUUCGGGUGUGCUUUAGUAAUUUCGUAUAUAGUUUAGGGUGGAAACAGUGCAUUUUCUCAAAAAUAAAACAAUAAUCUGACCCGUUAAAGGAUGAUAAUUUGUUUUUACAACAACAAACCCAGUGUAUUCCCACAAAGUGGGGUCUGGGGAGGGUAAAAUGUACGCAGUCCAUACCGAUACCUCCGAAGAAGUAGAGAGGUUGUUUCCGAUACACCCCCGGCUCAUGAUAAUUUGUUUUUAUUAUGUCAACAUACUAAAGGUCCACGUAGGCAUUUAAGGUUGCCAAAAAUACUACUUUAAUUAAUCCAGGGGUAAUAGGACGUCCUUUAAGUUGGGGUAUGUCUUGACAAUUUUGCUUAUAGUUCAGGAUGGAAACAGUGCAUUUACUCAAUUAAUUAACUUAUUUUAACUUGGCAAGGAAUUUAAAAAAAUCAAGAAGACUUUUGAAUUUUUUAUAUUAAAUUAAAUGUAUGUCAAAAUGUCACUUAAUUAGUCUGGUUUUAAAUAUGUCAUAUGGAAAACUGAAAUUAAAAAAUUCGUGAAAAAAGAAAGAGACUUUCUUUUUUAAACGAACAAACAAAAACGUAGAACACUAAAUGAAGACAAUGACACUGAAGCAUGUAACCAUCAAAGGAUGUGGUGCAGCGGAUGAGGCUGCUCCUUCCUUAACUAGAGAUCUCAAGUUCGAGCCCUGGGUAUAGAAAAAUCCUUGGUAGGGAUCGCUUUCGCCUAAAUGGGCCCUACGCGGCGCGAAUUCGAAUUAGUCGGAAUCCAAUGCAGGUACCAGACACCUACGCGGCGCGAAUCCGAAUUAGUCGAACUCCAAUGCAGGUACAGGACACUGGAUGGAAAACCCCCCAAAAAAAAAAAAACAGACACUGAAGCAUGUAAGUAUAUAACCUGCAGGCACGUUUACAUAUAACAUUUUCUACUAAUUAUAAUAUCCCAAAGUUGACUAAUAAAACUUAACAUUAUUCGUGAUGGCACGUACAUUUUUGCAACAUUUAUACAUCAUAAAAACUAUAUAAUAAGGUCUAUCUUUUACAUAAAUCAAAUAGGCCAUUGCAAUUUUCUUCAAGAGUUAAAAUUACAUGGCCCCUUUUCACCAUAGAUGGACCUUGACAAUAUUUUUGAUUGUUGUUGCAAUAAUAUCACUCGUCGAUCGCACUAAGGCCGGAGGUUAUGGCACGCCGAGCGGCUUCCAAGCGACGCCUUGGAAACUCGCUCACGCUACGUUCUAUGGUGAUGAGACUGCGUCCGCUACAAUGGGGGGAGCUUGUGGAUAUGGAAAUUUGAUCAGUUCAGGUUAUGGAACAGAUACAGUAGCAUUGAGCUCAGUAUUAUACAACAAAGGAUGUGCAUGUGGACAAUGUUACCAAAUAAAAUGCGUACAAUCAAGUUCUUGUUACUCAACUACUGUAACAGUGACUGCAACAAAUCUUUGUCCACCAAAUCCAUCACAAGAUAGUAACAAUGGUGGUUGGUGUAAUCCACCUAGAACACAUUUUGAUAUGGCUAAACCUGCUUUCAUGAAAAUUGCUCAAUGGAAAGCUGGUAUUGUUCCUGUUUCGUAUCGCAGGGUACCUUGUGUUAAAAAAGGUGGAGUCAAGUUGAGUUUCCAAGGAAAUGGCUAUUGGUUAUUGGUAUAUGUAAUGAAUGUUGGUGGAAGUGGAGAUAUUGCAAGUGUGUUUGUAAAGGGAACCAAAACAAAUUGGUUACCAAUGAGCCAUAAUUGGGGAGCUUCAUAUCAAGCAUUUGCAACACUAAGUGGCCAAGCACUUAGUUUUAAAAUCACUUCUUAUACAUCUCAUGAAACUAUCAUAGCUAACAAUGUUGCACCUUCAAAUUGGCAAGUAGGAAUGACUUAUCAAGCCAAUAACAACUUUAAAUGACCAUGUAUAGAUGUUCAUCUAGUGUUUUUUGGUUCUUUUUUUCUUUUUUUUUGAAUUUUUCAAGCAGUUAUCCAGAUUUAUUCUGCGAUUUGAUCUUGUAACAUUUUAUGUUUCGUUGGUGAAAGAAUUUCCGUAUA